UUCCAGCACCAACCAUAGCAAGAACAGGAACAACUCAAGGAAGAAUAAACAAGAAAGACUUGUUCCACUCUAAUGUUGACGAAGUUUCACAAGACUAUAUUGGCUAAUUGAUUCAGUAGAAGAACAGAGGCAGAGUUACGGAAGAUAACGACGAGAUUAGAGGCAUUAAGCCAAUAUGCAUGCCAAGACCGACUCGGAGGUGACGAGUUUGGCAGCGUCGUCCCCGGCUAGAUCUCCGAGAAGGCAUGUCUACUACGUCCAGAGCCCGUCGAGGGACUCCCACGACGGCGAGAAGACGGCGACGUCGUUCCACUCGACGCCGGUCCUCAGCCCAAUGGCCUCGCCGCGGCAUUCCCACUCCUCGGUGGGGCACCACUCCCGUGACUCGUCCUCGAGCCGCUUCUCGGGCGCGUUGAAGAAGGUGGCGAACAAUGAUGGAGGUAAGGGUGGCCGCCGGAAGAGCGAGAAGACAUGGAAGGAGUUCACAGUCAUAGAGGAGGAAGGAGGCCUCCUUGAGGAUGAGGAGGAGGGGAAGGGGUUUCGACGCCGGCUUUACUUCCUUGGGUUUAUCCUGGCUUUCGUUGUUCUCUUCUCUUUCUUUGCGUUGAUCCUUUGGGGAGCCAGCAGAUCACAGAGGCCUCAGAUCACCAUGAAGAGCAUCACAUUUGAGAGUUUCAUCAUCCAAGCUGGAACUGAUGCAUCGCUGGUGCCGACCGACAUGGCUACAUUGAACUCCACUGUAAAGCUUACAUUCCGAAACACCGGGACCUUCUUCGGUGUUCAUUCGACCUCGACACCAUUUGAUCUCACCUACAACCAACUCACAUUGGCCAGUGGGAAUAUGAACAAUUUUUAUCAGUCAAGGAAAAGCCAAAGAACUCUCAAUGUGGUGGUGUCUGGGAACAAGAUUCCACUGUAUGGAGGAGGGCCAAGCCUGACCAAUUCCCCUGGAAAGACCAACACUAGUGUCCCAGUGCCACUUAACCUUAGUUUCAUGAUGAGAUCAAGGGCCUAUGUGUUAGGGCAACUUGUGAAGCCCAAAUUCUACACAACGGUCCAAUGCUCUGUUGCUAUGGACCAGACCAAGCUCAACACUCCAGUCUCCCUCAAGAAAUCUUGUCAAUACUCUUGAGAACAAAUGGAGCCAUGUGAGGAGAAAGAGAACAACAAGAUCAGUAUCACAUAUAGAAGAUUAAUUCCUCGGUUGAUCCAUAGACAUAUUAUGUUUGUUUUUAUGCCAAGUGGGAAAUUUUUAAUAGAAUCAUGGGGUGUGAUUUUUUUUUUUGGGGGGUAGCAAACAAGCAAUUGAAGAUUUCAAGUUAUAUACAUUUAUUUGUCUUCCUAGGUAUAAUUUGUAUCUUAUGUACUACAAUAAAAAGCAUCAAUGUUUAUCUCAUUAGUAAUUCUUUCUGAA